AUGUUCGACGUAGUUAUCAUCGGCGCCGGUCUCAGCGGCCUACAAGCCGCACGCACGGCCCAACAGUCCGGACUAUCAGUUGCUGUCGUCGAAGCCCGCGAUGGCGUCGGCGGCAAAGUCUGGAGUGUCCCUCUGGCCUCCGGUCGAGGAGUAGCCGACCUGGGAGCAGCCUGGGUGAAUGAGAAGAAGCAGCCUCGGAUAUGGUCCUACGCAAAGCAGUUGAACCUGGCAACCCAAGCACAGCCUCUAACAGGGCGUGCGGUGAUGCAGCUGAACGAGAAUGGCCGCAUUGAAUACCCCUUUGGAAUCACCCCUGAUUUCACACCCGAUGAGAAAAGAAACCUCGAGUAUAUACGGGACUACGUCCAGGCCGAAACGCUGAAGUCGGGUCUACCUUGCAGCGAAGACGACAAUCUCAGUCUAGACCAAUACGUCCGGAACUUGGGCGCGCUGCCCAAAACCCUCCAGAUGGUCAACUUAUGGUCCAAGGCGAUGCACGGCGUGAAGUCGACACAGCAGUCGGCCGCGUUCUUCAUCGACUAUUGUCGACGGAACACAGGGCUUCUGGCAGUCCGCGCGGAUGAUGAAACGGGUGGUAAUUAUCUUCGCUUUCAUGACGGGGCGCAGUCCAUCGCACACGGCCUAGCACGCUUAGUCGGCUCCAGCCACAUCCACCUCAGCAGCCCAGUGCUCAGCAUCGAGGACCACAAAACACACAUCAGCGUGACCACAACAACAGGCCGGACAUUCAUUGGCAAGAAGUGCAUUCUCUCCAUUCCAAGCACCAUGUACCGAGAACUGAACAUCUCACCGGCCCUCCCGACCCCAGUGCAGACCGUCAGCCAAGCCACCUGCCUAGGAAACUACAACAAAGUGAUCGUAUGCUAUACAGGCGGCCCCCUUACUCUCGGACGAGAUACCAGCGUCGUCGAGAAACGGCUGUUCGCGUUGACCUGCUUCGUGCAGGGCGAUCGCGGUCCGGAGUGGACCAAGCAACCUCAACAUGAGCGACGAGCUGCCGUUCUGCAUCACCUGGCAAAUAUCUUCAAUAUGGGACGGCACUCGGAAGUGCAUCGACCCAUCGAGAUCUUCGAGCAAAUCUGGAAACAUGAGGAGUUUAGUCGGGGCGCUUUGGUACCGAUAACCGCUCUGGGCCAUCUCAUAGAGUACGCGGCCGUUUCCGGCAAGCCGGUGGGAAAUCUGCAUUUCGUGGGUACGGAACAUGCCCGCGAGUGGAAGGGUUACAUGGAAGGCGCCUUAUGUUCGGGCGAGACGGGGGGAUGGGAGGUCGCGGAGUCUCUGAAAGAAGGCAAUCCGACCGAGUUUGUAAGCCAAUUCACCUGUUCGAGGAUAUUAGCAUAUUAUUGA